AUGUCUAACCCAUUAGAGAGCAGUAACAGUAACAACCCUGUACGUGGUUUUAGGCUUUUUAAUAAUGCUGGCAGGUUUGUGUUGCAACGCCCUGAAAAUAGUCAAAGUUUAGUAAGUAUCAUUAUGGGCCAGCAGAUGUCAGAUACUCCUCAACAUGUUGAACUGCCACAUGAAGUUCAGGUGAAUGUCAUACCACGUGCAUCAAUUUUUGAUGAUGUGUCUUUAGCUAGGCAUAGACAUGCACAAUGUGUUGCAUCUGUGCGUAUUGCUGAAAGUAAUGAGCAGUCUGCCAAUAGACGUGCUCAGGAUGCUGAACGACAUGAUGUUUCAUGUCAAGGAGAAAAUGGUGAGCAGGCUGCCAAUAGACGACGUCGAAAUGCUGAGAGGCAUGUUGUUCGACAAAGGCAAAAUGUUGAACAGGUAGUAAAUAGACGUCAGGCAGAUAUCCAAAGGCAUGCUGCUGUUCGUGCUCGCCGAAAUGCACCAUAUUAUAACAUUGCACGUCAAAAUAUAUUGCCUAAUUUAUAUUUUUUAGGUGCUAUGGACAAAGAGUGUGAGUAUUGUCAAGCUUUAAAGUUUGAAAAUGAAAAUUGUUUUAAAUGUUGUCACACUGGUAAAAUUGCAUUAGAUAAUUUGUCUCCUUACCCUCAGCAGCUUAGGGAUUUAUUAACAAAUACAGAUACUGUUCAGGCAAAAAACUUUCAGGCAAAUAUACGUAAGUAUAAUAGUGCCGUUGCAUUUGCUUCUUUUGGAGCAAACCUUCGCCCCCCACCUGGCCGAGGACCACCAUGCUUUCGUAUCUGUAGUCAAAUAUGGCAUCGUGUUGGGGGCCUUCACCUUCCUGAAGGACAAACCCCUGUUUUCAACCAACUUUAUAUUUAUGAAGCAGGUAGGGCACUCAACGAAAGAAUGGCACGCCAAGAAAAUAAUGGCUGUCGUGAAGAUGUGAUGCAAACUGUUCAAGAUGUCAUGGACAGAGUAAGCCCGUUUGCUGCAGCCUAUAGGUAUAUGGCUGAAGUUGAAGCUGAAGAAUUAAAUCAGGCAGCAGCACAAAACCGUGGUCCAUCUGAAGUACGUAUGUACUUGAGAGUUGGCAAUGACCGAAGGCGCUACAACUUGCCACAUCAUGAUGAAGUUGCAGCAGUAUUUGUUGGCCAAGAUGGAGCACCUCCUGGAAACAGGGAUGUUGUUAUCUAUCCGCGUGGAGGUGAUUUACAGAAUAUUUCCACAAUGUCUGCAAACUUGGAGCCAAUGGUGUAUCCUCUUUUUUUUCCAAGGGGUGAACCAGGUUGGCAUAAUAGGAUACCUCAUGUUGCUGUACGUGCAACCCGUACUCGCAACACUACUACAAUGUUGCAGUAUUAUACUUACCGUUUAGCUGCUCGGGAGUAUUUCAGCCCGAUUCAUUAUGGUAAGAAAUUGUUUCAGCAGUAUUGUGUUGAUUCUUAUGUUAAAGUUGAAGGUACUGAUAUUGUGAAGGAUGCCACAAACAAAGAGUUGACGUUUGCGGCUUAUUUAGCAUAUAGAAAGGAGAAUCCUGGCCCUCGGUCAAGAAACUCUUUCCAAUGGUGGGUACGACACGGGGGUCAGGAUUCUGCCACAUUCCAAUGGCGAAAAUUCAAAAAAGAUAAAAAAAAUAAAAAAAACCAAAAUAAACAUACGCACCUCAAUGCGAAAUAUAUUAAUUACUACGCAUUUUUUGUUCCGGGUGCUGAAGGUUGA